UGAAUUCCGAACAAGAUAUGACACAAAAGCAAACAGCUGCUUCAUAUUCUCCCGUAAUCCAACAUUACAACCAAUUUUAAUGUCAUACGUUGUGCGCUGACCAUACAACAAGGUGUCAUUUGCUAAUCAGAAUCAUUAAGAAGAAAAAUCAUCAUGAAGCAUUUCGGGAUUUCUUUGCUACGACGUGGCCUCUUCUUGGGGCAACCUGCAUCCAUAAGGAAAGUGCAAAGCAAUGUGUUUCGUAUAGUGCUGAGCAACCCGACAACGCUUUGUUCCCGAGGUUAUAGUUCGACGUCUCAUGAAAAAGGCACGCUCGUCCCACUUCCGGAAGUGAAGCGUUUCAUUUUGGACUGCAUGGCGAGCGUGGGGACGGCCAAGAAACAUGCCGAAGAACUCGCUGAUGUCCUCAUUGCCGCCGAUUACCGAGGUCACUACAGCCAUGGGCUCAACAGACUGGAAAUGUAUGUGAAUGACAUAAAGAAGGGAAUGUGUGACGGAAACGCGGAGCCAAGCAUUCUAAAACAGACGGCAGCAACAGCAUUUGUUGAGGGAAACAACGGCCUUGGUCCCACGAUUGGCAACUUUUGCAUGCAACUCGCCAUAACGAAAGCGAAAGAGUCGGGUGUAGGUUGGGUUGUAGCCAAAGGCUCUAACCACUAUGGCAUUGCUGGAUGGUACACUUUACAAGCGGUUCAACAAAAACUAAUUGGGUUAUCCUUUACAAACACGAGUCCCUUCCUGACCCCGACGAGGUCCAAGGUCCCUGCUUUGGGAACAAAUCCGCUCUCCGUGGCCGCCGGUGGGUGUGGUGAGGACAAGUUUGUGUUGGACAUGGCCACCACAGCCGUCGCGGUGGGAAAGGUUGAGAUUCAGCGUCGUAAAAAUGAGCCAAUUCCUUCGGGUUGGGCGCUGGACAAGGAAGGUCAAAUUACGACAGAUGCAAACGAAGCGAUGGGGGCAUGCUCGAUGAUGCCGCUGGGUGGGGGAGAAUUGAAUAGUGGGUACAAGGGCUACGGUCUCGCUGUCGUGGUCGAACUUUUUUGUGGCAUUAUGGCGGGUGCAGCAUACGGUCCCAAAGUUCGUAAAUGGAUGUCGGCAAGUGUAGCAGCGAACUUGGGUCAGUGCUUCGUGGCCAUCGAUCCGUCUUGCUUUGCCCCGAAUUUCGCUGAAAGAGUCAGUGACUUGAUUCACAUUCUUCGAACCCUUGAACCCGUCGACCCAAACAAGCCCGUACUGGUGGCAGGAGACCCUGAGCGGAUGCACAUGAAGAAAGUAGAUGCGUUCGGUGGAGUCCAAUACCACAUCAACCAAAUCAACGCUUCAAGGAAGCUUGCAGAAGAACUGAAACUGGAACCUAUGAAAGCGUUAGCCUAAAUCUCAUCUUUCCCACUUUUUAUAUUCAUGUAAUUUUAUUAUAUUUCAUAAAAUAAACAUUUCUUCACAUUUCA